UAUUAUUUGUAUAAUCCAAGUUUGAGAUCAAAAGUUAUGAUAAAAACAAAAAACGCAAAAAAAAUUGUAAAAUUUCUAGGGGUGAAACACCUAGAAUUUUCGAAUCUCCUAGGGACUUUUGAAAAUUCUAGGCGUUCCUCCCCUAAAGUUUUGAAAAAAUUAGGCAUUUGGCCUCCACUCCCAAAAAAAAAAACAUCUUAUAUUCCGGCGAUGUGUCCAAUGAUCUUGCCCUCAAUCAGUGGUGGUUUGUUGGGAGGAGAAAGUGUUAGAUUGAGUUAGAACAUGGAAUACACGCGAGGGUAUGUUUGUCCAUUCAUAUUUAAAUAUGGGCAUUCCAUAGUAAAAUAAGGGCGUCGUUUCACUUUUCACUUAAUUUUGUUUUAGUCCUUAUAUUUUACAGCAGUUUUCUUUUUUUUUUUUUUUUUGAAAAAUUUUACAACAGUUUAUUCUCUCCCAAUUUUUUUCUGUUUCUCUAUAAUUCUCAACAUAUAAUGUGUGAUUUCAUAAUUAGUGACAUGAUGAAAUGUUUUUUAAUUCAAUCAUUUUCCAAACUUACUAUGCUACAAAACUCUCAUAAGGCAAUCACCUUCUUCAACACUCUCAUACCCCCAAAAAUUCCCCCAAAUUCGAUUUCUAGGGUUUGGAAUCUGCUACAAUGUGCAUCAUUCUGCAAUCUCAAAGUCCAUUGGCGCAAAGACGAGAAGCUCGACGAAUCAAUUCGAGCCGACAAGAAAUGGCGGCUUUGCGCUCGAAUCGUCAAAGAGGUUCUCAACGAACCAGGUCAGGUGAUGCCAUUGCGCUACUUAGAGAAGCGUAGAGAAAGAUUGAAGCUCAACGUCACUACAAAAGUAUUCAUUGAUCAAAACCCCCUUCUUUUUGAUACUUAUUUUGAUCGAAUUCGACCUAAAUCGGAUUCUGUUACUUUUAUUAAACCUAGUGAAUCGCUUCGAAGAUUUUUGGAAGAAGAAGAGCGGAUUUAUGCUGAAAAUGAGCUGUUAAUUGUUUCGAAAAUUUGUAAAAUGUUGAUGAUGGCGAAAAAUAGGGUGAUUAAUGUGGAGAAAUUGGUUCAUGUUAAGCGAGAAUUCGGGUUUCCGAAUGAUUUUUUGAGCAAAUUAGUGCCCAAAUACUCUAAUUAUUUCAAAUUGGUUGGUGGUUUUGAUGAGAAUUCGUACUUAGAGUUGGUUUCUUGGGAACCCGAGUUUGCGAAAUCUGUGAUAAUGUUGAAGGCUGAGGAAGAAGAGAGGUUGACUGGGAUUAGGGUUAGACCUUCAUUUGAUUGGAAAUUGCCACCAGGAUUUUAUAUCAAGAAAGGAAUGAGAGAGUGGGUUAGAGACUGGAUGGAGAUGCCUUACAUUAAUCCUUAUGACGAUGCAUCUCAUUUAGACUCGAGUUCGAGGGAAAUGGAGAAGAGGAUGGUAGGGGUACUUCAUGAGUUAUUAUCGUUGUCGUUGUUUAAGAGGAUUCCUGUUCCGAUUUUAGGGAAGUUUAGUGAGGAUUACAGAUUGUCGAAUGCAUUUUCGAGUGUGUUUACUAGGCAUUCGGGUAUAUUCUAUAUGUCUUUGAAGGGAGGGAUUGAGACCGCGGUGCUGAGAGAGGCGUAUAAGGGUGGUGUAUUGGUUGACCGGGAUCCGUUGCUUGAGAUUAAGGACAAGUUUGUUGAGUUGUUGGAGGAGGGGUGGGAAAUGAGGAUGGAGGAAUUGAGGUUGAGGAGGGAAAGUGCUCGUAAUCGCAAUAAGUCAGUGACGCUUGGGAGUUCGGAGUUGGAGUCUCAAGAGGAUGAUGAUCAUCUUUGAAAUGGGGAGAAACGUGCUCGAAGUUGUUGUUAUGCUGAUGGCAGAGAUUUUCGCACUGGUCCUAGCGUUCAAUUGUUCAUAGUGGCCUUAUAUUUUGGGUAUUGAUAGCAAAAGUAGAGUUGGUGGAAUUCAGUUAUAUGCUAGAUAAUAUUGAUUUCACUUCCAAUUUGAUGUUGCUAGUUAUGUUUGUUUACUUUGGAUUUUAAAUAAUUCAAUCUUAGGCUAGUAGAGAACCUGUUCCUUGGCAUUUUUAUACUUGCUCUCUAUUAUUUCUCGUUGUAUGACUGCUCCUUUGUUCGAGUAUAAUUUCUGCUAUAAAUAACAUGAUACAAAUUGUGAA